AUGGAGAAGGCUCAACAACAACUCAAUUUGUUCAGCUCCAGUGCUGCAAAUAUCGGCCUCAAAAUAAAUGUCCAGAAGACCGUCCAAAUGAUUCUUAACCCACCAGAAAAUUUUGAUAAUAAGACUUCACUCAAGCAUAGUGGUAAAAACAUUGAAAAAAUUGAAGAUUUUAAGUAUCUUGGUUUUUCUGAAGGAACAACAGAAAAGGACCUGGAUUCAAGAAUCGCACUAACAUGGGUAACCUUUGACAAUUAUUCUGAUAGCACCAAAACUUUGACAAAGAAUUCGGACUACACCUCUUCAACGCAGCGCAGACCGCGUUACUCUUACCUGGACCAAAUUUCAAAGGCUUUAUACAAAAAAGUCAAGUUGGAUGCUAAAGAAAUAACUAAGCUAGCAAUGACGUACUAUGCAAACAAUACUUUGAAAAAGCCUAUUUAA